CGGAUAUUGCUUAGUCUGCUGUCGGCGCUUCAACUGCCAAGUAAUCGCUGGGUGCUCGUGGAGCUGGCCGAGAUCUGCCGCCUCGUGUUCUGUGUUCUGACCGCCAACGUCGCGUAUGCGUGAUUUCAAUCGUCUCGAAGGAUAACAGAAAGCAUUCCUCAGUUUAGUGUUUGUUCUUUGACCAAUUGUUGUGUGAAUUUGUGCCGUGUUCCGUGUCGUGCCGCAAAUACAUCACAGAACCAAUCCUUUUAUUAUUUUCACCAGAAAGUUGGCAAAAUGUCGGUCAGACUGAACGAGACACAAACCAUUGUUGACCGCAUGGUCAACUUCUUUGUGGAGCACGAGGAUCUGCGCACCAAGAGUUGGUUCCUUUCGAAUGCUCCCGGACCCCUAUUUAUGAUCCUGGGAGCCUACUUGUACUUCUGCCUAUACGCCGGACCACGUUACAUGCGGGACCGUAAACCUUUUGAACUAAAAAACACACUCCUCGUCUACAAUGCCGUUCAGGUGCUCCUUAGCUGGGUACUCUUCUACGAGGGAUACAAGGGUGGCUGGGGGGGUCACUACAACUUCCGGUGCCAGCCGGUGACUUAUGCCACAGAUCCUAUUUCCAUGAGGAUGGCGCGCGCUGUGUGGCUGUACUAUAUUGCCAAGAUCACCGAACUGCUCGACACCGUGUUCUUUGUGCUCCGCAAGAAACAACGCCAGAUCUCGUUCCUGCAUCUGUACCACCACACCCUGAUGCCCGUGUGCGCCUUCAUUGGCGUAAAAUACUUUGCCGGCGGUCAUGGCACUCUCCUGGGAUUCAUCAACUCCUUCAUCCACAUCAUCAUGUAUGCCUACUAUCUGCUCUCCGCAAUGGGACCCAAGGUGCAGAAGUAUCUGUGGUGGAAGAAGUACAUCACCAUCCUGCAGAUUGUCCAGUUCCUGAUCAUCUUUGUGCACACCCUGCAAAUUCAGUUCCAGCCCAGUUGCAACUUCCCCAAAUCGAUUGCUGCCCUACUGACCUUCAACGCCGGCCUCUUCACCUACAUGUUCAGCUCCUUCUACGUGGCCAACUACAAAAAGGAGGCGGCUGCCCAGGCCAAAUUGGCGGCGAAAAAGGAGUAGGGAGCGACGUUAGUUGGAGCUGCCCUCAUGUAUACACUCUUACGUUUAAAUCGAUCCUAAUCCCAAUCCCAAUCCCUAUACCAACUGCCCCUUUCUCCUCCAUUGCACAUAUCCUAAUCCUAGGUAACGCAUAGGUCAAGACGGAUAUUAUACAUUCUCUAGUUACGUAAGCUCGUUUCGUAGUAUUUCGUAGUAGUUUCGAGGAAAGCGGCACAUUUUUUAGUUUUGGAACAGUCGCCAUUGCAGAUGUGCAAGAGAUCGUUGCACUUGCUGUAUUGGGAUAGUGUAAUAGAACCAAAUAUUAUAGUUUAGUGAUUAGUUGUUACCUUACGGACUUGGCAUGAAAUGAAAGUCAAAACAAGGCAAGAGUGGGGGGAAUGGCAAGGUGGAAAAUGUCGCCACAGAAAUCUGCACUUUGAACAUUUGCUUGCAGUAGACAACCACCUUGAGGAACUGUCCCUUUUGUCGUGCCCACUUUAUGAUCAAAUGUAAUAUUGUAUAUUUUAUUUGCAAAUAAUAAACAAACGAUUCUUAAA